AUGAGAUCCUGCCACGUGUUGAGCAUGCGCUGCUCAUGCAAACAGGCCGAGGGGUCAGAAAGGUCAUACAUCCUAAAACACAGAGGAGCUGCCGGAGCUGUGGGCCUUUACUGCAACAGCGGGACCACGGGAAGCUCCUGCAGUCGGAGAAGGAUGAUUCAGCCAAGACGCGCCAGCUGCCAGCUGAGCCUCAUCGAUGACAAACACACACGGUGUCACUCCUUCCCAGUAGUCGUGUUGUGAGUAAUAGCAGUGCUGCUGGUCUGCAGAAGGGCCUGAUGUGAAGUAGCAGCAUUUAAGCAAUGAGAACACUUCACCAGAGUAGAGUCUGUAGCAGCACAUUGCAUCACUGGCCUGUUGCAGAAAUUUAUGCAAGCGUCUGUGUGUGUAGAUGAUCAUAGUGGGUAUAGUCCCAUUAUUAACACAUGCACAGUCGCCCCGCUUGUGUGUCAUAGCCUUCUUAGUGUUUGUCCUGUUUGCCUGCAGCAGGUUCCAGCUGGAUCUGCUGAAAUCAAAGAAAUAAGAGCGUUUUUAUCUGCGGCUGCUGUGGGACACGCAGAGGGACUGUAAAUGGGUGUGAGCAUGAGUGGGGAGCGAAACAGGGGGAAGAUGCAUGGCAGAGAUUAAAGGUCUGUUCAGUCCACGCACGUGGCCAGCGGCUCCGUUUGUGGAGUGUGUGCGUGUGAUGUGGGGAGAUGUGCAACACCUCAGUCCCAUUUCUGCAGGGCUCGGUUUGAUCUGAUAUACAGUCCGUAAGUGGGAGAACACAAAUGUUUUAUUUAAUGCUGAAUCCUCGACCCAGAUAGAGCUGCUGAUUUGCAGAAAGCCAUUCCUCGCUAGCUUCAGUUCAGCCUUGAUGUUUUGCACUAAGAUGAUGACAGAGGAGUUUAGUGAUGCUUCUUUGUGGAACUUUAUUGAUUUUCAUAAAUAAGUGAAGCUGUAUUAGAAAUAUGCCUUUGCUUCUACUCUGAUGAACAGCAGUUAGGUCCCAACUAUUGAAACAGGAAGCUGCGUCUCUUCCUUCCCGUUGCAGCGUGUGAGAAAAGCUGCAUCUUCACAGCGUUGAUGAUCAGGGUAAAUAACAGCGGCGUGUGUGAGAAGCGUGACUUCUGCUUUCACGCACGGCCUCUAUUUUUAAGGUACAGACAGCACGGCUUCCUGCUGCUGCUUCCUGACGGAGAGCGUUGCCUCUUGUUGGUGUGACAACGUUUCGUUCUGUAGCGUCUGAAUGUUGGCUCUUCUUUUUGUCUCGUUCUCCGUCUGAAGCUGCAACAGAGACGGAGAGUCAGGUCACAACGUGAGUCUUAUUGAAGACUCUUGGCAUUGGUUCUGAUCCGGAUUGUUCCACUGUCUCCACUCUCAGUCUUCAGGUACAGACCCAGAACCGAGGCCAGUUCAGGAGCCGACUGGACCAGUCUGAACAGAUGAGGAUGCGGAUCCUGGCAGAAACACAGUUUACAAAGGCUUUAUGUGAUAAGCUGUCAGGCAACAAGGACGGCAGUGAUCUGCCUCCAGAGCCGUCCAGCAGCCGCUCGGCGCCGCCGGAGACGUGGACCGGGCCCGUCCCGUCCCCCGCACAGCCUCAACCAACCACCGGCUGCUCUGCCCAGAAACACAAGAAACCCACCGACAACGGGCCAAAGAUAAAGAAGUUCAAGUACCAUCAGUACAUCCCUCCUGGUCAGAGAGGGUCCAAGGAGCCUCCUCCCUGGGUGGACCCGUCCUCCAGCGUGCUCCAGCAGCAGCAGCAGCUCCUUCUGCAGCUGCUGGUGCUGAGUCAGCAGCAGCCGGGCCUCAGCUGCCACGCGGACCUGGCUGGAGCCUGCAGCAGAACUCAGAAGGAUCCGCUGGACCAAAUGAAGGUUAGUUUGGAGCUGAACCGAAUUCCGCCCGGAUCCGGAGUUUCAGCGCCUAAUUGCUGUCGACAGGUGGUUCUGUCGACGGUGGCAGAUCUGAGGUCUGCGUUGAAGCUGCGCAGUCUGCCCGUGUACGGCACCAAAGUGGACCUGGUGAAGCGUCUGAGGGCGGCGGACGCGGCGGCGGCUGGAGGCGACGCUGGCUCUGCACCGGCAGGCAGAACCGUUGGGCCCGAAGGAGCGACCCGGCGGCACCGGACGCGUCAGUCAGGUUCUCCGUCAGCUGAUGUGAGAAGCUGCUCCACACGCGCCUCGAGGCCACGGACGUCUGCUGCCGGCAGCAGCUUCAGCAGCAGCAGCAGCUUCAGCAGCAGCUUCAGCAGCAGCAGCCACUCAAGCACAACGUUGAGCCUUCGGCCCGGUCCAGCCGCUCCGGCUCCAGCAGACCCGUCACGGACCCACAGCUCUUCAACCACAGCAUCACCGCCUGCUGACAGGGACGAGAUGCUGCGGGAGAAGGACGAGCGCAUAGAGGAGCUGAGCCGGAUGCUGAGGCAGCAGCAGAAGCUGGUGGAGGCGCUGAAGAUGCAGCUAGAAGGUGGAGGCCACGUCCCGGGUCCGCUGGUUCUGGAUGAUGGGCCCGGUGCCGUCCCUCCUCUGCUUCCACCACCGCCCGUGAAACACGAAGCCGCGCAGGAAAUCGCGUCUCCUGCAUUUCCUCAGUUAUUGACUCGAGAGGUGCAGGAGCAGAAGGAGCCACAAAUCGGGCCCGAGCGCUGGAACCGCGGCGCCGCUGAGGAACAGAGCCGGCGGCAGAACCCGCCCCGGCGCCGCCGGGCGCAGCGGCCGGUUCUCCUGAAGCCGUCAUCGCGCAGACCCUCAGCGAGGAGCAGGAAACACAUCAGGCUGCUCAUAAACCUCCAGCAGCAGCAGGUGCAAAUCCCCAAAUGUCCACAGGUGCCGUUGGCGCAGCUGUUCCCCCCUCCGCCCGCCCCCCCCAGCUGUCCCCUGCAGCCGGACCUCCAGAGGCGGGUCGGCGCCGCAGAGGAGGAGCCACGCUUCCCGGUGGGCGUCGCCGGGAGGCCUCCGCUGGGGGCGGAGCCAGACGGACACCUGGCUGUGAUUGACAGCCUCCACGGCCAAACGCUGUGCGGCACCAGCGUCGCGGAGCCGCCGUCGCCCGUGAGCUCCUUCGGCGCCGCAGCUGAGGUGCUGAUCAACGAUUGGUUGGACCUCAACAUGUGAGGAGAGACAGGAGGAAACGCAGGUUCCACAAACACCAUGUGGGAACUUCUCAGCAGACUGUGGACAUGCGCUCGUGUAGCAUUGUGAUGUGUCCUGAUAACGGAUGAGAGGGGGUAAAGCUUCUGCUCCUCCACCUGCUCUUCUCAGCUUUUUAUUCCCUUCUUAUUCUGCUCCACUUUGCUUCUUCCACCCGCUUUUCUCUUCCUCCAGGUUUGUCCUUUCAUGCCUCACCAGCUCCUCAUCAUCAUCUUGGUCAUCUUCGUCGCCUCCUCCGCCGCUGUCUCCCUCGUCUUCCUCUCAGCUCCUGUCUGGACUGGAGAUCUGAUGCUGCAGAUAAUUCACCAGCUUUUCUGUGCAGCUGGGACGCGCUGUGAGACUCUUUCAUCAGCGCUUUGGCAGAACUUCUGCUUUGACCUUGAGACUCUGGGGAAGGUGGGAGAUUUUUAGUUUUACGAGUAACUGUAAAUGACAAAUGUACAGUACAUGCAAAAUGUCAUUUUAAUAAUAGAGUACCUGAAAUGCAGCGUAUGAAAUGAUACAUUAAAAUACCCAGUUAUCUUGG